UUUUGCUCUUGUGGUGAGCAGUGUAUAUUUUUGUAGCUUCCUCUUCUAACCCCCGCAGACAGGAGUACCGUAAGGAAGGAGGGAGAAAGUGAAAGAGGGAAGGGUGGCUGAGUGAUUAUGUGCUGAGGUGUGUGUGUAUAUGUGUACAUGUGUGUGUGUGUGUCUGUGUGUAGAGGUGCGCCCCUCUCUCUCUCUGUGUUCUUUAAGAGCGUUACCACUUCAGCCAACAUCCUGAAGCGGGCCACUCUCCUUUCCACCCCUCCUCUCUUCUCUCCUCCAGACCAACGCAUGGACUCCAGCAGCUUGAAAAGAAGGCAGUGAGGAAAGCAACUUUUCAGAAGAGAGAUAAAUGGUGGGAGGGAAGUCUGCCUGUUGGUUUCCUGGACGGAGCUACAUGUGCUGGCUGAGUGUUGGAGUCACAAUAGGAGGCAAUCCUCUUUUCCUGUGUGUGUGUGAUUUCUGUCUGCCUGAAGAGCGGGAGCACGAACUGGGCUGAAGAAGACGUCUGGAUGCAACAGCAAAGAGGAGGACUGGCCAAAAGAGGAGAGGAGAAAGUGAUAAAACAGAGACAGGAGUGUCAGGAGUUGGACAGAGAAGACGAGAGGGAGACAGAGUCAGAGUCUUGAGAGACAAUUUAACAAGACACAGAAAAAGAUAGCGAUAGCAGACAGCAAAAUCGGAGCUCACCUGACCUGACUUGUCUCACUCUGCCAGGUGGAACUACCUCCUUCUUCCCCUAUCCUCCCUCCCUCCCCUCUUCCUCUCCUCCCCCUGACAUGGGCCGCCUGCUGGCCCUGACCCUCGCCUACCUGGCCUACCUGCUGGCCACCGCGAUCGGCUCAGAGCGCCAACAGCACCGCGUGCAGCACGGCCCCUGCAGCUACACCUUCGUCCUGCCAGAGGUGGAGCACUGCCGUCCCGUGAAGGACUUCCAGGUCACCAACACCCUCCAGAGGGACUCCCCGCCCGAGGCCGAGCCCGAUUCGAGCCAAUCCAGGCAGGGCAAGGCCCAGAAGGAGAGGCCUUCCUGGCAGGAGAGGAAGCUGGAGAGUCUGGAGAGCGCUAUGGAGAAUAACACCCAGUGGCUGCAGAAGCUGGAGAACUUCAUCCAGGAGAAUGUGCGCUCUGGGAUGGAGGAAAUGAAGAGAACUGCGGUACACACCCAGACAGCUGCCAUGCUCGAGAUGGGGACCAACCUCCUCAGUCAAUCGGCCGAGCAGACCCGCAAACUGACAGACGUUGAGACCCAGGUUUUAAACCAGACAAGUCGCCUGGAGAUCCAGCUGCUCGAGUACUCGCUCUUCACUAACCGGCUGGAGAAACAUAUUCUCCUGCAGACUCAGGAGAUCUCACGCCUCAGCGAUAAAAACAGUUUUCUGGAGCAGAGGCUCUUAGCACUGGAGGCUCGGUACAGUAGGGAGCUACACGGCUUGCAGAGCGAAAAGCAGCAGCUUCAAGAGCUUCUGGAGAGGCAGAGUCGACUGGUCAGUCAACUGCAAGGUGAACUGGGCAGCUCCACGCUCAACAGCACCUUACUUCAGAGACAGCAGGCCGUGCUCACAGAUACCGUUCAGCAGCUGCUGGCUAUGGUCAACCACUGCAAUGAAAUCUCCAAUAUGCCCAAGGAGGAGUCGCUCAGUUUCAGGGACUGCGCCGAGAUCCUGCGAUCAGGAGUGACAGAGAGUGGAAUAUAUAGCAUACGCCUCCCCAACUCCACCCAGACUGUCAAGGUGUUCUGCGAUAUGAAGACGAGAGGUGGCGGGUGGACGGUGCUGCAGCAUCGGACAAACGGCUCCGUCAACUUCCACCGUGGGUGGAGGGACUACAAAAUGGGCUUUGGAGAGCCGUCAGGGGAACACUGGCUGGGGAAUGAUAUCAUCCACAAGCUGACCAGCUCCCAGGAAUACAGCCUGCAUGUCCAGCUAAAAGACAGAGAGGGGAAUGAAGCCUUCUCACAUUACGAUCGCUUCUACAUAGACGGAGAAGACAACAAUUACAGCCUUCACGCCGAGGGCUUUAGUGGCACAGCUGGACGGACUAGCAGCCUCACCCACACUGGCACCCAAUUCAGCACCAAGGACAGAGACAACGACCGCUGCACCUGCAAGUGUGCACAGCUCGCAUCAGGAGGUUGGUGGUUUGAAGCUUGCGGCCCAUCUAACCUGAAUGGCAUAUACUACCCCGCCUCAUCCAGUGGGGUUCGCUACAAUGGCAUUAAAUGGUACUAUUGGAAGGGUCCAAAUCUGAUGGCUACUAUGACAACUAUGAUGGUGCGCCCGGCAAACUUCUGAUGGCAUGGGCUCAUUCAUGACGUCACAUUAAGAAGUGAAUGUCACCCCCAGUGAAUAUAAUGAACAAUGGUAUAUUUUGGGGAGGAAAUUAGAAUCAGACGGUUGGUGCUUUCAGCUUCUGGACACUUUGGAGAAGUGCUUUUAGCAACUGCCUGAGGACAUGCACAGAAUCUCAGCAAAAUACUAUAUUUUAAUGAGGACUGUUGAGCUGAGAGAGGAAGGAGAUCGAGGGUAUGAGCUUUGCGACAGAUGACAGGAUAUCACAAGAACACAACUGAUCAAAGCAAAUUAUGCAGCUACAUAUGACCAGUUACUCAACCCAAACUUUUCAGGCAACGUGUAUAAGAUCCACAGACCAGCCGAUUACCGAAAGUCAACUAAUUAAAAUGUAUACCAUAUACUUUAAAAGUAUUAAUUUCACAGUAAAUGCUUUAUUAACUCUGUAGUAUGUGUAAUGCCAGAUGUUAAGCCAUAAUUCACCUAAGAAAUGCAGUAUUUGUAACUGUAAAGCAUCAGUACUUGUUUAAAACUGUGGUUCAAUUCAUACACAAAAUAACAUAAGAUAACCUACAGCGACUUCAAUGGUUUACCACUGUUAAUAAAGCAACAGCAUAAAGAACAGCAACAAUAACAGGCUUUGCCCUUUGCUGUAUCUUCCAAAGGGCUUUAAAGAAUGAAAUAUCCUCAAUUCUUUCUAGUCACACCUCUCAUAAAACUUUAUUUGUGAGAGAUUUUGCUCAUAAAAGUAGAUCAUACACUUUCAGUGGUGUGAUUUACUUUCAAAAAUGAAACAUUUGUAAUAACAUCUGGGAACAAAGCUGUAAAUUCAAUUUUUACUUUGUUAAAACAAUAAAAUCAUAUAUAGUCUUUGGUGCCUACAA